AUGGAGCACUUUAAGGAGGAGCACUGUAAGGAGGAGUACGUUAAAGGGGAGCGCUGUAAGGAGGAGCGCUGUAAGGAGGAGCGCUGUAAGGAGGAGCGCUGUAAGGAGGAGCACUGUAAGGAGAAGCGCUGUAAAGGGGAGCACUGUAAGGAGGAGCACUGUAAGGAGGAGUACGGUAAAGGGGACCACUGUAAGGAGGAGUGCUGUAAAGGGGAGCACUGUAAGGAGGAGCACUGUAAGGAGGAGCGCUGUAAGGAGAAGCGCUGUAAAGGGGAGCACUGUAAGGAGGAGCACUGUAAGGAGGAGCGCUGUAAGGAGGAGCACUGUAAGGAGGAGCGCUGUAAGGAGAAGCGCUGUAAAGGGGAGCACUGUAAGGAGGACCACUGUAAGGAGGAGUAUGGUAAAGGGGAGCACUGCAAGGAGGAGCGCUGUAAAGGGGAGCACUGUAAGGAGGACCACUGUAAGGAGGAGCGCUGUAAGGAGGAGCGCUGUAAAGGGGAACACUGUAAGGAGGAGCACUGUAAGGAGGAGCGCUGUAAGGAGGAGCACUGUAAGGAGGAGCACUGUAAAGGGGAGCACUGUAAGGAGGAGCACUGUAAGGAGGAGCGCUGUAAAGGGGAGCACUUAAGGAGGAGCACUGUAAGGAGGAGAGCUGUAAGGAGGAGCGCUGUAAAGGGGAGCACUGUAAGGAGGAGCACUGUAAGGAGGAGCGCUGUAAGGAGGAGCGCUGUAAGGAGGAGCGCUGUAAGGAGGAGCACUGUAAAGGGAGCAGUGUGA